CGUCCCCACCUCCAUCAGCGGACACUGAUCCCGGAAGUGGUCCGGGUCCCCGCACCUCCAACAGGCCGGCCCAGGCGUUGCGGCCGCACUUGUGCUGGCGGGCGCCCCCACCUGAGGGGGAGAGCGGCUGAAAGACGGGGAAUGGGAGGGUACAUUCUCCCAAGGCCGGGAAGCUGGUCUCUGGAACCCCACGAGCAGAGACCGCCGACAGGCGUCCCGGAGCCGUUGAGCAAACGCGAACGGGCGAUCGGACUUCUCUAACUUCAUGCCUCGGAAGAGCUGGCGAUUCUCUUCCGGGCUCCGACCGACCCAUUGCAGAAUGGCCCUCUUCAGGUCAGAGUAAACCAGGAGAUUUGUCGCCGGUAGUUGUUGUGCCUAGAGUUGAGCUUCCCCAGACAGGAGAGGAAUUAGGCGGGCUGCCCACUGUUCGGGCGGCCAGCCCCAGAUUUCUGCCGUCCGCUCAAACAAGUCGAGGAAGGCCUCAGGAUCAUCUGCUGCCCCCAUCUUCUGUAACGUGGGCGGGGGAAGCGUAGCGCGGGUGUCCGGGGUCGCGGCUGUGGCCGGCUCCGUCUCCUGGCUGAGGAGGCUCCGGAUGGCGAGCCGGUCCUCUGCCUGAGCCCGCAUGAUCUCGAAAAACUGGCGAUCUUUGUCCUGCCGGAGCUCAAGCAGGGAUUGCUGGUGGCCUUGAUGCAGCGUCGCGAGGGACUGGAGGACUUCUGCCAGCUGGGAGGACUCUAUGGGGCGACUUUGCUCCAUGCUUGGAACGUAACUUUCCCGGGUUUUGGCACCAGUGUAAAGGACCUCCUCCAAGGGACGACACUUGACACAGCGGCUCAGAGUCUCUCUGACAGUUCACUGAAGUGCCAGCUCUUCACUGCUACCAUGUCCUCUACACCUCCGCCUCUCAUGAAGAAGCACAGUCAGAUGGAUCUUGUGAGUCGUCUAAAGUCCCGCAAGGUUCUGGGUGUCGGCGGAGAGGAUGAUGACGGAGAGGUACACAGGUCGAAGAUCAGUCAAAUGCUGGGUAAUGAGAUCAAGUUUGCUGUACGUGAGCCCAUUGGCCUCCGGCUUUGGAUCCUCACCUCUGCAGUGUUGUUCACCUCCACAUCCUUAAUGGCACUGGCCUUCCCCAACCAACUCUAUGAGAUAAUAUUUGAGCUCACCACCACCAGAAUCUCCAUCAGACUCUACGGAGGAGCCCUUUUGUGUAUCUCUUUAAUCCUGUGGAAUGGCUUGUACACAGCAGAAAAGGUCAUCAUUCAAUGGACACUACUUACGGAAGCAUGUUACUUUGGGGUACAAUUUCUAGUGACGUUCAUCACUCUUUUGGAGAUGGGCACUCUGUCCAACAGUGCAAUUCUUCUUCUUCUAAGCGAAGCCUUCUUCCUUCUCAUCACCUUGAGUUACUAUCGUCACCUCGGUCGCCGCCCUAAAAAGAACUGAGGGAGGCCAGCCACCCAGUGUUCACUAAGACAGAAGCAGUCUUGUGUUGGAUGGGUGGGUUGGCACCACAGAAUUCUUUGAAUACAGUAGCUCUGCUGCCUGGACCAAAUUAAUUUACUGAGAAUCAGUGGCUAUUGAGUGCAUUUAUUCUCAUUAGAUGGACUUCAGGUCAUGACCAUUGACUUCAUAUGUUACAUUAAGUGAAUUCACUACAAAGACAUACAUGUAUUUGUUUUUAAGUUUCUUUAAAAAAGGAACAGUGCAGGAGAUUUUGGGGCAUGAACAAUAGCCGCAUGUUUGGACUUGUCCAGAAUUUGGCACAUCGCGUCUGAUUUCCAGUGUAAUCGUGUUAGCCAAGCACAAUAGAUAUAGCAUGGUAUUACAGUACAUAAACAAUGUUGCAACAACCAAUAAUAUCAUACAUAGAGUAGCUUAAGGUAUGACAUCCAAAAUCCACACAAACAGAUUGCUUAACAAAUACAGAACUUGCUAAAAGAAAUCCAUUAAAACCUUAAAUUAAAUAAUACUGUGGCAUCGGGGGCGUGGUCAAGCGCCCGUCCGGGAGAGAAAAGCGGUAAGGGCGCUCACACCUGAGCUAAAUUAUGUCUAACACCUGUCUCUAAUUGCAGUAGCUUGAGGAGAGCGGCAUAAAAAGCAGCAGCAACAGAGCCCAGGGGAGAGCCCGACAUGAAGGCCAAGAAGCUAGUGUGUUGUAGUAGUGUGUGAAUUAGUGUGUGAGAAUUAAAAACAACCUUACCUGAAUCCUGUUGCUGUUUCCGUCCCUUCCUCAGUGGAAACUCGUUACAAAUACAUUGACUAGAACUGUUACAUUUUUACAUUUAGUUACAAACAUUUCUAAACCAUGUAUUAUAUACUGUUAAUCAUAUAAAUUCCAAAGUGGUGAACAUUGUAAUGACAUGGUUUUGGCAUAAUUUGAUGUACCGUAGUAUUAAAUGGUAUUUUAAGGCUUUUAUUUUACAGUGUAUCUUAUUAAACUUUAAAGAUGUACUUGUUAAUUAUAUCUGGCUUUGAGACAUCUCUGUGUGGUUUCAACCUUAGAAAUUCAACCCCUACCAAUUCAGACAUAAUUGUUUUGUUAUAAUUACUGCUUUACAUACCUAAAGGACAUUUGCACAACAUUUGCUGUAAAUAAUGUAAUAUAUGAACUUGACCUAGUCCCCUUUGAUUACAGAUUAAAAGGUUACUAAGAAAAACUCAAUUGAGAGAACAAAUGUCUGAGGGUUCUAUGUCAUUUCUCCAUGUCCGAUCGUCCAUAUCAUGAACUUCAAGAAGCAUGUUAUUAACUGUUUUGAUCUCUGAAGCUGUAAGGAUUAAAGGUACAGUGCAAAAGUUGAAAUUCUGUUUUCAUUUACUCACCUUCAUGUCGUUUAAAUGCUAAAAUGUCACUUGUGUUCAAGUACAUGGGAAAAUGCUGCCUCAAAAUGUGCUGCACCAAGUUCUAAUGUAUCAUCAACGUUAAACCAGACAGAAUUUUCAUUUUUUAAUGAACUUAUCCUUUAACAGCUGUCAUUAUGCACAAUAAUCCUACAUUUUAAAACUGUAUUUAGUGGGGUGUGCUUUAUGCUUUUAGUGACCAUUGCAUGAAGUCAUACAAUGCAGAUGGACAGUAGCUCUAAAAUGUAGCACUUUUAUUAAUAUAAAAUAUGUCAAAGUAUCUCAUUGAAUGAGAUGGUUUCCUCAUUAUAUUGUUUUACUAUUUGUUAAAUAUUUGUUCAAAUGUUAGCACAUUCAACUACUAUUUACCUCUUGUGUUCACCCUGAAAUAGCUACACUUUAAUGUUACAUCUUGGCCAACAUCUGCUAGUGCUGGUUAUAGAUGAAUUCUUCAAAGUAUGUUAUUCACAAAUAUUUUGCAGGUGUACUUCCUUACAGUAUGCUUCCAGCUCUGAACCAUCAUUUGAAAUGUUGACAGUCCUCCUCCCAAAGAUCUUAGAUGCAACUUUAACCCUCACAACUUUGUCAAAAUAUGUGACACUUCCAUCAAAAAUAACUUCCAGUAAAACACAUGAAUGGCUUUGUGCUAACUGAAAAUUCGAAGGACCUUAUUAAUACGUGCUUUGGAAAUAUCAAGUUAGACCGUAUUUGUAUUUGUCUAAGAUUUAGCCAUUUCAUAAUUGGAUGUGCAUCUCUGUACUUCUUUAUAUCAACUUUUUAGUAGUAUUUAGUUAAUUAACAAGACCAAGGACCAUGAUUUAAUUGUGAAGCCAAAGCACAGUUAAUGACUGUACUCAAGAUUUGCUAUAUUUUUAGGCCACUUUAUUGUAAAUAUUUGAAUGAUUAAAAAAUAUGUAACAGUCCAAAUUGUAAAUUUGCAGCUUAUUAUUAUUAUUAUUAUUUUGUAUUUUUUUUGUAUUGGAAAAAGACGAUUGCACUGUUAGUUACCAGAUUUUAGUGAAGUUUCUUGUUAAUUUGUUUUGAAAAAAAUACAAAAAUAAACUGUACACACGUAUAACAGGUCUGUAUCUACUUUUCGUGGAGAAAAAGUGAAUGUGCUUAAU